UGGACGGAGGAAACUCGCCCGCAAGCCCUAAUAAAAGGCUAUUCUCACUGCCAUUUGCCUUGUGUCUUUGUUCCUGGUUCGGCUCCAGCCUCAGUUUACCUUUACAUUUGGUGCCAAAACCCGGGAGGAGACCCCCUCCCUGGACCCCUGCCGGGUCGGGCAGGCUCUCCUCUCCCCGAGCCAGGACCUCCUUUCCGAGUCGGGAGCCGUUUCACCAAAUCCAAGACUCAAUUCAAUCACUGCUAGAUGGGCCACUGGAAGUCAGACUGCCCCGACCUAAGGACGGUCGCUGUGCCUCCACGGGACGACCCUCCUCCAUGUAUUGGAGGCGCCUUCCAGCUCCUCGACAUCGAUGAAGAUUGAAGAGGCCCAGACUCGGGGACCCCUCUCACUCUCGCCAAGCCCAGGGUCAUGCUCCAGGUAGCGGGUGGCAGCCGCACUCCAGAUUACCUGGAAGCUCCACAUUCCCUACCAUCCGCAGUUGUCUGGUAAGGUAUAACGCGCAAACCGCCUUCUUAAACUGCAUCUAACCAAGCUCACUCUAGAAACCCGCCUCUUGUGGAUAACUCUCCUUCCUCUGGCUCUUACUCAUCUCAGGGCAGCUCCUCGGGCCCCCACAGGGCUCAGCCCUUUUGAGCUACUGUACGGACGCCCGUUCCUCUUCCAGGAGCUGCCAGCCCUCUCCCCUCCCUUAGGCUCCUACUUCCCUUACUUAACCCUCCUAUGCGAGCUUCUAAGAAAACAUGCAGACCGGUGUCUCCCCACAUCGGUUUCCCCAAACCUUAAAAAUCCCGCUGUUGUAGCACCAGGAGACCUGGUACUGGUCAAGCAGCUGCAGCCCCGAGCCUUAUCUCCCUGGUGGGAAGGACCAUAUACCGUAAUCCUUAUCACGCCCACUGCUGCCAAACUCCUCAGCCUUCCCUCCUGGUAUCAUCUGUCCCAGCUGAAAAAAACACCCACCCAGCAUGAUUCCAGGUGGACGGCUCAGGCUGUUGUCCCUACUAAACCACGACUUAUGCGUGCCAGUAACGACCCUCUGCCUAACCUUCCUCAGCUAUCCGGUGCUCCUGAGCCUAGGUAAGACUCCUACCCAAACUCCCCUCUCUCCCCCGUCAACCCAUUCCGCUGGAGAUUCUAUCUGUCAGAGCCCUGGACCCAAAACAAUCACAUAAGUUCCCUCAUCUUAGCCACAGUUGACUGCCGACCCCAAGGGUGCCAGAGUCAAGUUACCUUUAACUUCUCCGCCUUUAACAGUUGCCCUGACUGGUGGAACCCAGUCAUAUGCUUUCUCUAUGAUCAAGUAGAAUAUAACUGUCUCAAUUACUGGGUAGAAACCAAUGGCGGGUGUCCAUAUCAUUAUUGUAACAUGCAUUUUACUUACCUUGACAUGUCAUACACCAAGUGGCAGCAACCGGCAUCAACAGUUCGGUUAGUCAGAUCAUACGGACGAGGAGAAGUGCCUACAUUCUUCCUUACCAUUCCUGACCCGUGGGACCCUCGGUGGGCAUCAGGUAUAGAGGCUCGCCUUUACCGGCACGGCUACGAAUCUUAUCCCGUAGCCCGACUCAAGAUUUAUAGGGCCUAUGUCAGGGUCACAAGCAGCCUCGUCAGUCUGGCCUCCAACAUCAAACAACAAGAAAAAGUCAUCUAAGCUCUAGCCAACCCAGACAACACAGUCAACUAAGACAACAAGCCUCAGGGCAGCGGUAACCCGUUUUCUUGGCUAACCCUAGUCAGAGAAGGGGCCCAGGUAGUACAUAUGGUCGGAGUGCACAACAUCUCCCGUUGUUUCUUGUGUGCAGCAUUUAAUAAGCCCCCACUGGUUGCGGUACCUUUACCUAGCCCUUUUAACUCCUCUAACCUAACCCCCUCCUUUCCCCUUCCCUGCCAAGCCCUGAGGGAAGUUCCUUUGUUCCAAGACCCGCUUAGACAACAACUCCCCUUUUGCUACUCCACCCCUAAUGCUUCCUGGUGCAACCGGACAGGAUCGGUGCCUCCAAAUCUCACCGCCCCCCCAGGCGAGUAUUUUUGGUGCAACUCCACCCUGUCAAAAACUCUCAAGGCUUCCGACACUACUCUAUGCCUUCCCAUCUCCCUAGUUCCCAGCCUCACCCUGUACAGUGAAGCGGAGCUAUCCUCUCUUCUGCCCCUUGCCCGCCCCCGCCAGGCAAGAGCAGUAUUCCUUCCGCUAAUGAUUGGAGUCUCCUUAGCCGCAUCCUUCGUGGCCUCUGGCCUUGGAACUGGAGCCAUAACUCAUCCUGUCCCAUCCUCUCAAGAUCUUUCAGCCCGAUUACAGGUAGCAAUCGAAGCUUCGGCAGAAUCCCUGGCUUCCCUCCAACGACAGAUCACCUCAGUGGCCCAGGUGGCAGCCCAGAAUCGCAGAGCACUCGACCUCCUUAUGGCUGACAAAGGCGGGACCUGUAUGUUCCUUAAUGAAGAAUGCUGCUACUACAUCAAUGAGUCAGGACUAGUAGAAACCAACCUCCUCACUCUAGAAAAAGUCCCAGAAGGACUCCACAAAAAAACCUCAGGAUUAGAGUCUUCAUUCGGGUGGUGGCAGUCGUCCAUGGCUAGCUGGGUCCUACCCUUCCUAAGCCCCUUACUAAUCAUUGGCUUCUUACUGCUCAGAGCUCCCUGUAUCAUCCGCUUCAUCCAGAACCGCAUAAAAGAAGUCUCCUGGAUCACUUUCAAUCAGAUGCUGCUCCACCCCUAUACCCGAGUUCUGACCUCCGAAAAACCCCACUACGACCCAAAACAGCAGGAAGCAGCCAGAUGAACAGGUCGCCCGUUUUUCUUAUUAGAAAGAGGUAGGAAUGUUAGGCAGGGACCCAGACCCGACAUGGCGGCGCCACUUGGCGUAGCAGGCCCUUUUUUCCAGCGGGCCCUUUGUUUGGAGACUUCCCUCCCUCUUUGAACACACCCUCAGACUUACAUACAUCAGAUGUUCCAGCUGGGCAGUCACACUCCCCCAUGACCUGCAGCUCACCUGCAUUCCACAAGUUCCUAAACAGCAGUUUCGGCUGACAGUUUCCAAAGACCCCUUCCUCAUGACCCUUACUCAACUCCUGCCCUAGUAGUUUCAAGACCCCCCCAGGCCCUGUUUGCACAACCAGCUUCCCUACCUCUCAGGCUAUAAGAAGCCCCACCCUCCUCCUUCAGCGCGACUUCCUCCGCCCACACCUUUGGACGGAGGAACCUCGCCCGCAAGCCCUAAUAAAAGGCUAUUCUCACUGCCA